UUCACGUGGCUGAGGAGAGAUUAGGCAUGAUGGAAAUUUAUCCUGUGCAGUAAUGUUACUCAGACAUUUUCUUCUUCAGCAGAAGGAGCCAAAUGGAGACGUUUGCUUUUCUGCAUCUUCUGCUUUUGGCAACAGGUGCAUCGGCCUAUGCAUGUAAGGAUCCUGGCCUGCAGUGCAGCAUUGUGGAUCAUCCGUACCACGUGCGUUUGGUUCAGCAGUUGCUGGAUGAUCCCGACAUUCUUCCACUAGUCGGGUUAAUCCAGCCGUUCUUGAUCUGCAGCGGGACUCUAAUUCAUGAACGAUGGGUUCUGAGUGCUGGAGACUGUUACUAUGAGCCAAACGCCGCGUACAUUGGACAGAAAGUAAAACCUUUAAGGGUGAGAUUCGGCUCCCGACCUGGCGAAAAUCAAGUGAUUCCACACGAAAACAUCAGGAAGUUCAGCAGCGAUUCAAACAUCAUGCUGGUUAAACUUCCUGAGACUGUGAGGAACAUCGUCACUGCACAGCUUCCAACAUCUUGCACUCAUCCAAAGAUUGGAGAGACGCUCCUUGGACUCAGUUGUCAUUGCACAGCGUAUGACUCAGAUACAGCUAAGGUCACUCUGUAUUGCGUGGAACGCAACAUCACUACUUGUGGUGAUCCAAAGAAGACAAGUUCUCAGCUUUCCUUCUGCGCCAGAGCCAUCAUGAGCAUUAGUCCAUUCCUCACCUGUCCAGAUGAUUCUGGUGGACCCCUUCUGAGGAGAGAAGGCUCUGCUGAUGUUGUAUAUGGAGUGAAGAUCUCAGAUGACAACUUCAUGGACGUCUGUGCUGAUGCUGUCAGGCAGUGGAUUCAUGAGACCAUUAAUGAAGGAUAAACCAGCUGGAUCUGAACUCUUGAAGACGAUGCCAUUACAGGCAUAAUGGCUUCCUGCUCCUGGAGGAACAUUUACAUAUUUACACCUACAUGUCUUCUGAGUUUGAAUACGGAAAGUUGAUGAUGGUGUAAUAAAGAUAAAUCAGAAAAA